UUGGUCAACGGUCGCGUCCGUCAAAAAGUGGUCGGCAGUCGAGUAACACCUUGGAUCGGAACGCCGUCGCGCCCACUGUACUUUCCUUUGUCCGCAGCUCCGCGCACUUAGUGCGCGUUACAGGCCGAGAACUUAGAAGCAACGUUUUGUUCCCGACCUCCCCGCCUGCAUGCGCAGCUGCGCGGCCGGAACGCGGCGGGCCGGAGCACAGGAAGGCCCCCCGGCUCUGUGCGACGGCGAUGUGCUGCUGGAGUCCGCGCGCUCCUCCCGCCUCGUCCCCGGACUGCUGGGCCUAGCGGUCGCGCUCGGGACGCUGCUGGGGCUGGGGGCGGCCGCGCUGCUCUACCUGCGCCUCACCAAGGCACGUGUCAGAGCAGCCAAGUGCUGUGACCCCACGUGCUGCUUCCUGGGCAGAGAGGUGGACCAAGAUGCUGCUCAGGGGGACUGCGGCAGCACGGCAAGGAGGGUAUCUCGGAGCAACAGGGCCACAGAGACGAAGCAACAAGUGCCCACCACCAGCACCGAUGUGGCCGCGUUCGCCUUGAAGGCCAAGGUCGUGUACCCCAUCAACCAGAGAUACCGGCCUCUGGCCGACGGCGCCUCCAAUCCCUCCCUGCACGAGAACGCCAAGCUGGGGGCGCUGCACCCGCCCGAGUCGUCGUCCUCCUCCAGCCUCGGGUCCCUGAGCCAGGGCAACGAUGACGAGGACAGCAGUCAGCUGGCCUUCCCGUCACCGGUCCCCAGGAGCUUGCAGAACGAGCGCUUCCCCAGGACGGAGCGCUUCCCGCAGGCGCUCUGCUGCCCCGGCUUCGAAGGUAGGAUCAGUCUCUACUGUUUGGGUCUGCAGAGCUUCCAGCAACUGUCCUCUGAGCUCCUGGAGCAGAAACACACGAUGUUUCCUCAGGUUCUCAGGAUUGUUUUCAACGAAUGGUUUCGCAAGGACAAGAUGGAUUCUGCUUUCUACAGCAACAUCCUUCUGCUGCAGGACAGGGAGCUGGAAGAGUUGGAGGAGGCAGCGUCGGCGAAACGGCUGAGUGCCGAGAGGAACGAAGAGGUCGCUUCGGGCCACUCCACCUUGGAGGACGUGGAAAGAGCCGGACGGGACCGGCAGGAGUACAGCCUUCAGAUGGCGGUGGGAUUCAGCAGGCAACUGGAGAGGCUGUGUCGGCGCCUCCACGAGCGACCCGGCGUGCCCCCGAGGGAGGGGCUCGGCGACAUGAUACACACGCUUGUCCGUAGCCUCCUGCUCGCGGAGAGGGGGUUGGCUGAGGUCCAGAACUGCCACAUGAAGAGUGUGCAGGAGAAGAUGCUGCGGUGGGAGGAGCUCGCGUGCUGCCUGCACACCCGCACGACCUUGCUGCGGCAGGAGGCCGCGUGCUCGCUGCGGCUCGUGGCCAAGGCGCUGGAGCGGCUCGGCAGCGAUGGGCGACUUAGCUUCUGCCGUGUGGAGAAGAUGCUGUCAGACUUGCGGGGGGCUUUGAGAGAGGACCUGCAGAGCUGCAGCGAAGAGUGCAUGAGCUUGACAAAGGAGCUGCUUAGUGAACGAUGCAGGAAGACUGAGAGCAAGAGGAAGAAACUAAUGAAGACACAGGCGAAGGAGCGAAGCCGCACGCUGGACACCGCAGCCAAGUGCAAGGACCCCCAGGAGUUCGUCAAGGUGCACCAGGCCCUGCUGCUUAGACAGAGGAAGGACAGCAGUGAUCUGGAGGAUCAGCAGGAUGAGAAAACGGCGGAAGCUGUGUGUGAGCUGUGGCAGAAAAUCCACCUGUCCUGGUCCGAGAAGCUGGCGCAGCGGGUGACGGCACUGCUCCGCACAGACCUUCGGGAGCAGACUGGUUUGACCCACGAAUACUGCGAACGGCUCGGGCACGAGGUGGAGCGCGACCUUGGUGCGCAGCUGUGCCACGAGGAGGCUGUGGCCAGGCAACACCUGGAUGGGCUGCGAGACCAGCUGGAGCAGGAUGGACGGACGUGGGCGGAGGAGGCGGCGCUGGUGUCAGCCAGCCUGACUCAGCUUGGCGAACAGCAGCUCAAGAUUCUCAGAGGGAUGGUGGUCCGACAGAGGGACGUGCAAGAAAGUGGCCUUUGGACCCUGAUGGAGGGGAAACAGCGCCUCCUGCUGGCAGCACUGCAGAGGCUCUUUGCGGCACGCCACUUUGGCCUGCGGCUCCUCAAGGAGAUGCGGCUGUCCCGCCUGAAGCUUCUGUCCCAGUACGGCAGCAGAGCCGUGGAGCUGGAGGACUGCAGCAGAUGCCACCAAGGCGCGAGAAGUGGCCCCAAGGAGCCGGCGCUCAGCGAGGGAGACAAGCGACAGGCUGCGGAGGCUCUGCUCGUCACCCAGGGCUUUCAGCAAGAGUUCUUGUCAGAGCUGGACACGGGGACAGAGUUCGCGGAAGAGCACGCCCAGCUGCUGGUGGGCCACGCUCUCGCCCACAGUGUGCGCCGGCGCCGCCGAGCCCCGAGCGCCGGGCUGCCGCACCCACAGCUUGAUGAGCGCGAGCAACAGGUGGAGCUCGCGGAGGCGGUCUCGGAGAGCGUGUACGCGAGCCGUGCUUCUGUCGCCACGCUGAUCCACAGCCACUACGCACAGAUGCAGAGCAUCAUGAGGAACCUGCAGCAGGAGCAGCACAACUUACUGCAGGACCUUGCAGAGGAGAGUGACAAGAGGAGGAAUCGGCUGACGUGGAGCCUGCAGAAGGACCUGGCCGACUGGGGCAGGAAGCCCAGCUCCAUUGAGCUCCAGCAGAGGGUGGACAUGCGGAAGAAGAUGAUCCUGAGCACGUAUGACUUGGAACUUGAAGCCGCAUAUGAAAGGAUGAGGAAGAAGAAGUCUCUUCACGACCAAAUGGGAAAGCGUUUUCAGGACGAGCUGCAGGAAGCUCAGGAGUCCUUCCUGUCACAGUUGGCUGCUAUGGCCAGGGUGCCACUGUUCAGUAGGGGGGAGCAGUCUGAGCAAGACAGGACGUCUGACAGGGUUUCCCUACAAAUGCUGCGAUGGGAGCAGUUUUAUAAGCAGCUGGACAGCAGCGAGAGGAGAGUGAAGAAUUGAUGCGGAGCUGCAGUGAAGCUCAGGCAACGAAAAGGUGAGGACAAUGUCCCAGGGUAAAGUCAGUGCCACAAGUGCCACUUUCCCCCACGGAAGGAAGCAUCAGGUAAACUUCAGACACCAGAACAGAACGGGGCGUCGUGUUGUCGUCCUUUAAAGGGACACUUUGCCUACACCUCUGAGGUGUGACCAAGGAGAGCUCUGCUUUAGAAGAUGAAGACGAUGCUUUUUACUCCUUGCACUCAGUUCUGUAAUCCGGCUGCAUGAGAAUUCAGUCAGUUCUCCACAGCAGCACAUCCUCAAGCAUAUAAUAUAUUCAACAAAAUAAUGUUGCUCAGCGACUGGCCGUUUGUGAUUUCCACCACUUCGCUAAAACACAACAUGUGACAUGAGCAUCAGAGAAAGCUGAUGUGUAACAUGAAAGCCCUUCCUUCCCUACUCAUGAAGGUAGCGCAGGGCAGCGCAGGCUGUGUUGUCUGACUUUUAAGCGAUUUCGUCAAACUCCGUAACGCAGCUGCGAUUCAGAAUUGUGGGGAAAAGGGUGGGUCCCGGCCUUCAACAUUACGCUCUUUACUUUGGAGGCCUAAAUUUGUUCAACAAAUUACAUUACAAUUUGUACCUUCUCGAACAUAAAUAGUGGUAAAGUGCAUGAAGGUGUAACGUGGGUGAAAGAGUCACUCAGCAUUUUGAAGGUGUGAAUGCAGUGAUGGGGCGACCGCAAUCUGACUGUUUCUUCCGAGCAAGAAUGUGCAGAGUGAAGGUAUGUGAGCCCAGGAGGACAGAUUCUAGAAGGGACCUUUUCCCCACACACACACACACACCACCAAGACAUCAAGAGCUGUGUACCCCUCCUCCCAUGGUGUCCCUCUGCUAGUCAUUGCUCAUGCCUUGGACUGAACUCCAGACGUAGUGUCCCAAGCCCCUGGAAACAGGAGAAAUUGAGCUCUGCAGGGUGACCAGGAUUAACCGCGAUGCUUAGUGCGCUGAAGGCCUGCGAGGAACAUGAUACCAAAGCAAGAAGUGGAGACUUUCUGCAUUACAAUGCUGAGGUGACACUUUGGUCCGCAGUAAAUGUCACCGUUUCCGGAGCGCGGACACCGGAGCACGUCAGCGUAAGGACCUUGCUCAGGUACUGCUGCUUUCCCUGGGACUCAACCAGCACCAUGCUAUAGCCUUUGGGCCUCUAGCGCAGCUCUGUGGAAGAGCAGGGAAGGAUGCCAUGCUGUGCACUGCACUCGACCCAGGACCGGCUGUUUUUUCCACUAUUUUAUUUCACGAGUAUUUAUUAAGACAAUACACAACAAUGUCAAAAACAAGAUGGUAUGUUAUUAUAAUGAGUUUGUAUAUAAAGUAAAUCUGUAAAAUAAAAAAGUAAUAAAUAUGUCAUGGUAAGAGCAUGAGGCACCCCAAAGGACAGUGUAAAUAGGGUAAAUGGUAGCGCCCCCAUGGCGGUGUGUGUGCUUACUCUACGUCGAUGGUUUUUCAUCAACAGGAAGACAGACGCACAGCUGUGCGGCUCUAGACGAAGACAAAGCGCAGACGUGGUCUGGUGUCUGUCGGGGGCGGGGGUGCAGUCACGGUCAGCAGAGCGGCUCCACCGGGGCGUCAGCGAGCCCCCUCCUGAAAGGCGGCGGUCACCUUCGCUGUUGCGCGGUGUGACACGGGGGGUCGAAACCCUAGCAUACUCUGCAAAAUUAAAUUACAAAAACUUGUCUCUACAUCAAAAACGCAUAUCUAUCUACAUGCAACUAACCAACUAUCCAAUCAAUCACACGAAGGAAGUGCAACGAUACCAGUUUUCCAUUAACCAACAAUACUGAUGUACUUCUGUUUGUGGCCACUAGAGGGGGACGGGGCGCGGCUGAUGAAGCACCAUGCUUGUUACUAGGGCGUGAGAGUUUUCGUAGUAAAA